UCGCCGUCGGAACAUAAGGAAAGCCAAGACAGAGUGUGAACGUUAUCUGCUUAAGAUGGUAUCCAUCAGCACUCCGACGACGGCGGUGCUGGUGGGCUACCUGGCCGCCGCCGCCCUCGCCUUCCCCGCCUCGGACGACUCGGCCGUCGCGUCCUCCCGCCAGCGCCUCAGCGGCUUCGGCGACUUCGGCCACAUGGGCGGCGGCGGGGGACUCGGCAUCUCCCACGGCAUGAACGCCGGCCACGGCCUCAGCGUCGGGGUGGGCCUCGGGCACGGCCUGGGCGCUGGCGUCGGCAUGGGGCAUGGCGCUGGCGCCGGGCUAGGCGUGGGCGUCGGGGUCGGCCACGGCAUGGGCGCGGGCGUGGGGCUGCAGCCGCCGGUCGACCAGCUGGACGACAGGAACUACACGACGUCCACGUCCACGAUGUCCACCACCACGCUCGUCGGGCCGUACGACUACUACACCACGAGCACCACCACGCCGAGCCCCUACGUGCGCGAGUACACCACCAGGCCCUACUUCCCGCCGUCCACGUCGUCCACCACGUCCGCCCCGACGUCCCGCACCACCACCUGGACUCCCUACCGAAUGUACACAACGUCGACGACGACCGCCCCGACCACUACGACGCAGCGUGUAACCACCACGACGCCAGUGACAACGUCUACAACUUCGACCACAUAUUCACCAACAUCCACGUCCACAACCACCUCCACAACCCCUCCACCGUCCUCCUCGACAACCAUGUACACUACCACCUCCUCCUCCACAACACAAGCCCCGCCCACAUCCACCUCGACAACCACACACAACCCGACAACAUCGAGCACAACCACACGCAUCCCGACGACGAGAUACUACAGACGGUCCGUAACCACAGUGACCACCACCGCGCGGCCACCGUCGUCCACCACACGCCCCACACGCCCCACCCGGCCCACCACACGGCCAGCGGCGUCGUCCUCCACCACAACAAGGGCCCCGACGUCACGCCCCACCGCCACCGCCUCGCCCUCCACGACGCGGCCCUCGGCGGCUCCGACCAAGAGGGGCCGGGACACGCCCAGACCUGCGCCCGUGAUUAUCAAGCUGCCCUUCUUCCCACAGUUCUUGACCAAGACUCGAAACAACUGAGGUGCGUCGGAUAUUCAGCCGACUCGACUUGCUGACUCGAAUUGCUGACUCGACUUGCUGACUCGACUUGCUGACCCGACUUGCUGACCCGACUUAGCUGACUCGACUGAUUAAACUUAGAUGACAUUAAUAAAACAAAUGUGACAGCAGUGAAAUCAGUAAACAAAAAAGUGACUGAUAGAAAACAACUGAAGUGACAAUGGUGACCGAAGCAUCAACGAGACAUACGUAACCGACAAGCGUGACCUGUUAAAUGUGAUUAAUAUGUUAUAGUGUGAUUGCAAUGCCUGUGAUGCGAGAAUUUAUAUCUUACUUUUCACAAUUAGCGCGAUCUUUAAGACAAUUAUCUAUGGAGAACACUCAUGUAUAUCUUGUUCUCUUGAUCUCACUGCAUCUCGAUACACUCGCCUGUCUGCAGGGGACUGGUUUAGAAUUUCCAUGUUCUAAUUACAAUGCGCUGCCGAAAAAAAACUAAAGACGCCAAUUAAUUAAAAAAAAAAAAAAAAGAUUUUAGGAAAAGCAGGAUACAGAUUUGUAAUAUUUGUCAUUCUGAAACUAGUCAUAUAUCAAUUUGUAUAUAUAUCUUUCAGCAUAUAUUCUAUUACUAACAACCUUUUAAACAAACAUUAUAAAAAAAGUUCUCAAGAGCAGAACUUGCAUUGGAAUAUUAUGACGCACAUUUGCAAAAGACUUUUCAUGGCAGUUGGGAAUGGAGUCUGAGUGGAAUAAAGGCUUUUAAUUUGGAAAAGAUUUUUUUUUUCAUGCGUUUUUACUUGCCAUACUGGAGAAAAGGGUGAAGUUGGUGCGAAAUUCUAGACUUGCUUAUUUACAAAAAUAGGGGUAAUUCAAGUUUUAUCUCCUUCUGACGGUGUCGUAGGUACCUGUAUCAAGAAAAUAUUAUUAUUAUUAUUAUUAUAAUUGUUAUUAUUAUUAUUAUUAUUACUAUUAUUAUUACUAUUGUUUACGGCAGUGCUCAUCUAGAACUGUAUUACAGGAACAUGAUAAAGAAAGGCUGCAGUCAUUGUUGCAGUGGUGUGUCUGUUGAUCAGCGGAGCCAAAUGUACAAUGACACAGCCAUCUUUCUUGCAUGCAUAACAAAUAUUCAUCAUUCUUUGAAGCAGUAACCGCAAAGAAUGAAAUGGAUUUAUUUCUGUCAUUGUUCCGUGAUUGUAAAUAAACAUUUGAU